AUGUCAGAUCCCACGGUGGCUGAUACUCGCCGGUUAAAUUCAAAACCUCAGGACCUGACGGACGCUUAUGGUCCCCCCAGCAAUUUUCUUGAAAUUGACGUUUAUGACCCACAAACUGUUGGAGUCGGGCGGAACCGUUUCACAACGUACGAAGUCCGUAUGCGGGUAGGUUACUAUAGCUAGAUAUCUGUCGUUCAGCUAACUAGCUAACCUUAGCUGGAUGAAAAUCGAGGCCCAGGACUUGGUCCGGCCGACUAGCUAGUUAGCUUUGUGAGCUAAGGAAGUGGUUAAAAUUGCAUGUGAGGUAGCCUUUUUAAGCUAAAACGGGUUAGCUAGCGUUUACUUGUUGGCUGUUUCUAUUGACGAGAAUAUAUAAUAUACUUGUUUCUGUUUUCAAAAAAUGCAGACAAACCUGCCGAUUUUUAAGUUGAAGGAUUCUAUUGUGCGAAGAAGAUACAGUGACUUUGAGUGGCUGAAGAAUGAGUUGGAGCGAGACAGUAAGGUGAGUGAAAGAUUGUAGCUCUGAUUAAUCAGACUGUGAUACACAAUUUAAUUUGAGGGGUGCCCUCCACCAAUUCUGUUUUUAGCUCUCGCCAUAGGUUAUGGAUGUGAUUCAGAUCUGGACUCUUUGCUGACCAGUCCAGCUUUUCUUCCUGAAUCAUUCCAGGGUUCUUGUGAUAUGUAUGUAAGUCGCUCUGGAUAAGAGCGUCUGCUAAAUGAGUAAAAUGUUUAAAUGUGUGUUUGGGUGGUUGUCCUGCUGGAAGACCCACAACCUUCAACAGAGACACUGGGUUUUUGGACACUGGGUUGAACGUUGGACAUUGCACUCCAAAACACAUUGAUAAUCUGAUGAUUUCAUGAUGCCCCCAUGUUUGAUUGUAGGGAGGGUGUUCUUUUCUUUGAAUGGUUCAUUUGGUCUAUGGUAAACAUAGGAAGACCCCACUGCUGAAGGAGUCACAAGGAAGCCUGACUGAAAAAAAUAAAAUAAACAAGCCUAAAUCCUGGGGGCAAUGUUCUGUGGACCAAUUAAACAAAAUUACAGCUCUUUGACAAUACAGAUCAGCGCUGUGUUAACUGAUGACCAAAUGAAGCAUUCCAUUUAAAGAAUGCCCUCACAAUCAAACAUGGGGGAGGUUUGAUAAUGCUGUGGGGUUGUUUUGCUAUCUGGUACUGGGGGCCUUAAGCGUGUGCAAGGCAUAAUGAAAUCAGCAGAUUAUCAGGUGUUGUGAAGUCCAAUGUUCAACCCAGUGUCCAAAAACUGGGUUGUGGGUCUUCCAGCAGGACAAUGACCCAAAACACACAUAAAAAAACACCCAGGAAUGGUUCAAGAAGAGAUGCUGGACUCUUCUGGAGUGGCCAAUGAUAGCUAUGGAAUUUAGGCUUACGAGUGUUUUAACAAUGUAUAUUUUCUGCAACGGCUGAAUAUGUAACAUGCGUUUCCCAAAACACCACGCAGAGAAAAGGUUCACUACGUGCGUCGUUGAGGCAUUUGUUGAUACUGAUAGGAUCAAAAGAAGGCCAGCUCUGCUCUCAAAUCAGCUUUCUCCAUUCAACUAUUUCCUUAACAUUAUAAUUGUUCCACAAUACUGAUGAUGGAUCAGCUCCUAGGGUCCAAUUCAGACUUAAGAAAUGUACACCUUUCCUACGCACUUCUCAGUAGUUGGUAUUCAUACUUACCUUAUGCAGGUGCUUUAUGGGCUUUGCAGGCGUGGUUGUCUUGCGCGCGAUGAGUACAUAAAAUUCAACCGCUGAAAACCUUCCCACUUUCUGGCCAACAGAUUCUCAUGGAGUUCAUUCAAUAGAGUUUUCAGUACAUUAAAGCCAUCCUUUCAAUUUGGUGAUCCUUUAAUUAUAAUUUUCUCGACAGACUGACUACUAUAUGGAGCGAACGGCUCAGAAUAUUAGGGAUCAAUGAAAGAAAGCUAUGUAAAUGCAUGCAUAUUAGUCUCCUUUUCAACACCAAUUGGUAGGUAAAAAUAUACUAAAAUCUUGUAUAUUAUUUAGGGUUAGGAAGUAUUUGAAUGAAUAAUAAAAAAAACUGUUUUGGAGAGCCUUUACGCACUAAAUAUAUUGGUGAAUAAAAAAUAGUGGUUUGAUUCAUCCUGAAAGUUGACGUAUUCAAUUGUUCAAUCAUGACGUAAUGAGAGGUGAGAAAAGUACAGUAUGGGUUGAACAGUAGUCCUAUAAAUCUACCCUAAUAAUCUUCAUUAGUAAUGGAACUGUGAUGACAACGGUCCAGUUGUUGUGAACCGUACUCCAGACUCCAGGUUUAAACUGUUACGUAUGGCUUGCGUUCCAUAAUGAUUCAGAUAGCUAAAUUGUCCCAUAUUAUUGCACAACUUGUAAUACUUUAGCCUAAUAUGAUCCACUAUUGCUAUCGGUCCUCAGGAACAACCACACGAACGUGAUGGAGGAAAGAAAGGUAAACUAACGAUGUAAUGGAAUGAUGCAAAAUGUAAGGAAACUAACGCUAAAGUUGGGACAGUUAUAAAUGUAUAUGGGUAUAACCAAUGUUCCCUCAACAUUUUUUUGUAGCACAGAGCAAAUUUUACAUCUUGUGAGCGGAAACUUGAACAUUGUGAGAAUUUUGUGCAACCUCCAGCACGUGUUUACAGUGAACACUGAGAUUGUACCCUUACAGUUUUAGACAGUAGCCAAUAGGCUAUUGUGGCUAUUUGAGCAUAAUGUAGGCCUACCAACAAAACCAAUGGAGCAAAUCCCAUAACACUUUCACAUGGAAAUAGCUUUUGAUUUCUAUGGCCUACAGAAGCCUAUAUGUGGUGUUCAAUGCAGGCCUACAUUGCAUGAGACUUUAAAAAAAAUGUUUUUACAUUAUGAAGGGCUUGACAUGAAUUAAUGAUUUUUUACUUGGUCUGGAACACCAUGGGCCAAAUAGGUGACUGUAAAUUGCAUUGUAUUGUGUUGUAUGAUGCAAGAAACCACUACAAAAUAAAAUGAAUUAUUACUAUACAGAGAAUUAGAAUGUAGGCUACCCCUCUGCCUAUUGGCUUAUUUGCAUAUUCAAGCCUGUCUGAAAAUACAACACUGCCCCUUUAAUUAAGACAUUAAGCUUUUUACCUGACUGGCUUUUCAAAGACAGCUUGAAAUGUAGCCUACAUGUUUUUUGCUCUUGUAGGAAGCAGUAACUCCCCAUUGCUGACCUAUACUUAUCUAUAACUGGGAUAAUAACUCGCUAACUAGCAAAGAAUAUCAACAAAUGUGCACACGCGCGGCUCUGCACUCUUGAUCUGAACUGAUCUGAAAAGCGCAUUCACUAGUGGGUUAUUGAAAGGCCGCUCGUGGGCUACCCCCGCCAAUAGAAUUCUUCUCCGUUGUGCUCUGGCUCUGCCAACAACAAAAUCAGACUCAAUCUUGCAAAGUAAGGUUUGGUUUGUUGCACUGAAAAGGGGCUGAUAUGAUGUUUCAAUCACAGAAAAAACUAUUGCAAACUAAUCUCUUGCGUCUCUGCGCGGCAUGGCAUUUCUUCUGCGCGGCAAUCCUGGAGGACGUUGGGUAUAGCGGACGGUGGCUACCGAUUUUAGACUUGGACUGUAUCCAGAUGUUCAUACUGUCCUUCUCUCAUCCUGGGAUUUACAGUAUUACCGGCAUAGCACACAAGGGGGUGCUAAAAAUGCAAGAAAAGCCCAUUGGGCCUCUAAUACCAGAAUGCUAACAAAAUUAGCACAAACUAAUAGUGAAAUCACAUAGACGCUGUUGGCUAAAUGCUAACGUGUGAAAACGAACAAAUCAGCUCAUAAAGUUACACAAGCCUAGCUAGUAGCUACCAAAUGUCAUUUUUGGUGAGUGUGGACAUUUACAAGCGAAAGUGAAUGAGAUAAAUUGUGCAAAUGAACAAAGUUGUGAUGUAUGCUUUUAUGAAGGAAGAGCAGCAUGUGUACACGGAGCAGAGGGGAGAAGAACGGAGUAGGGGAAAAAUGCUAGUAGGAAGCACAGGGGAAAAUGGCAACUACUGAUAACUUAUCCAGAGCCCUUUGACUACUGGCAGAAAGACCAUUCUAAGAUAUCUGAUGGCAAACAUUUAGUAGUGAAUUGCAUACAAGUGUGACUUCAUCACCCCAUGUGCGGGGCAGAACAGAGACUCGCCGAUGGAUAUAGAACGCUAUGGACUCACCAGCUCCCACUUUCUCCCGUUGUGCUAUUUACAAACGUGACUGGCUCAACUGUUCUUGAGAACUACGGUAAGCUUCAUUAUGUAAAAUAAUUUGAUAAGUGAAAUGAAGAACGCAAUCUGCUUUUUCUCCUAAGGUAUUGCACAAGUUGACUGCAGGUAUUAACUUAAAGUAUACAAAUAUAAACGCAACAUGCAACAAUUUCAACGAUUUUACUGAGUUACAGUUCAUAUAAAGAAAUCAGUCAAUUGAAAUAAAUACAUUAGGCCCAAAUCUAUGGAUUUCACAUGACUGGGCAGGGGCACAGCCAUGGGUGGGCCUGGGAGGGCAUAGGCCCACCCACUUGGGAGCCAGGCCCAGCCAAUUGGAAUGAUUUUCCCAACGAAAGGGCAGCCGUGGUCUGCGGUUGUGAGGCUGGUUGGACGUACUGCCUAAUUCUCUAAAACAACGUUGGAUGGUAAAGAAAUGAACAUUCAAUUCUCUGGUAACAGCUCAGGUGGACAUUCCUGCAGUUAGUGUGCCAAUUGCAUGCUCCCUCAAAACCCGAGACAACUGUGGCAUUGUGUUGUGUGACAAAACUGCACAUUUUAGAGUGGCCAUUUAUUGUCCCCAGCACAAGGUGCACCUGUGUAAUGAUCAUAAUGUUUAAUCAGCUUCUUGAUAUGCCACACCCGUCAGGUGGAUGGAUUAUCUUGGCAAAGGAGAAAUGCUCACUAACAGGGAUGUAAGGUUUUUGUGUGUAUGAAACAUUUCUGGGAUUUUCUAUAUCAGCUCAUAAUAAUAUACAUGAAACAUGGGACCAACACUUUACAUGUUGCAUUUAUAUUCUUGUUCAGUAUAACAACACUUUUGGCUGUACUACGAGUGGUCUGAGGCAGUUGGUAAAUAACAAGGGUUUUCAAGUGCAACUUUAACGAUGGUUUUUGGGAAACUACUCAGCGAUUUAAAGAUGCUCCUACAACGGUUCUAACGGUGAACUUAGCCAUAAGAUGCUUUUGGGAAACCGGCCCUGAUCUGAAUCGCAUCCAAAACCUAUGGCGAGAUCUGAAAACAGCAGUUGGUGGAGGACACUGUAAAACACUGAAGAAUUGGAGCAGAAGUUAUCUUGGCCAAAGGCUGUGCAACCAAGUACUAGCUCCAGGGUGCCAAUAAUUAUGUCCAUGCCAUUUUGUUCUAAUUUUCCAAAUUUAAAAUAAUACAUUUAAGUUUACAAAAAUAAAAUAAUUCUGCAAUGUUGAAAAUCCAAUUACAAGAUGUGGUGACCAAGUAAAAAAAUGAUGUUAACUUAGUCUAGAAAAGAAAGGUGGAACUAUUUAAGAAAAGGGUGUCAAUAUAUUUGGUCGCAACUGUAUAUCUACACAUUACAAUAGGAUUUUACUCCAUGGUGAUGUCUACAUAAGUUAGGCUAAUUACAUUUAGCUAGAGCAAUAAUUAAUGAUGUAAUUAAUGAAUCAUGAUUAAAUGAAUCUGCUUUUUAACUGCUAUGUCUUAAAUGCAUUGCUAUUGCUUUUUUCCAGAUUGUAGUGCCUCCCUUGCCUGGGAAGGCACUGAAGAGACAGCUACCUUUCCGUGGGGAUGAAGGCAUUUUUGAAGAGGCUUUCAUUGAAGAGCGACGUGUGGGUCUUGAGCAGUUCAUCAACAGGUGGCCCACAAUUUACCAAACAUUACAGAAGAGAAAACAUACAUUUUGACCUUGUAAUUAUGUGAAAUAAUGUGCAACAAAACUUUCUGAGUUUUUUGUUGUGGCAGUUUUGGAAUUGUCUUCUGCUGGUGUGGGUAAUUUAAAAUGCAUUCAUUUCUAGACACCAUUUUUGAAAUGCACAGCCAGCUAGAGUUUUUAUAAAUUCAUGUCUUUUUAAUGCUGUUUUUUCUAGAAUUGCAGGUCACCCUCUGGCCCAAAACGAGCGCUGUCUUCACAUGUUUUUGCAGGACGAGAGCAUCGACCGCAACUACAUUCCCGGAAAG